UAAAAGAUAUAGAAUCAAAAGAGAAAACAUGUGUUCAGUUGAGGAAAAAAGAGGAAGAAAAGACUGAUAAACUCAAAUCUAUAGAAGAGUCUAAAGACAAAGAAAUAUCACAGCUGAAGAGUGACAUGAAACAGUUAAAAAAGAAAAUUGUACAACUAACAAAGGAGAAAGAUACUCUGUGGCAGCAGACAGAUCGUCUAACGUAUGAACAGAAAAUGCACUCAACCGCGAAAUGGAUGGAUGAGAAAACGGUCACUAAAUGCCUGGGCUGUAAACAAGAGUUCACGUUCAUGCACCACUGUAGAUUGUGUGGGGGAGUCUUUUGUCACAGCUGUAGUAACAAUUAUGUGGACUCCACCCAUAGCAGCUUAAAGCAUGAUAAUAGUAAGAAGUCGCGAGCCUGUAAUAUGUGUUACCAGAAAUACACCAAGUCUGAUGCUCUGAGUUCCUCGAUGAUCAGUCGUCUACAGGACGAUGAAGGACUGGAGGACUCGAGUGAGGAGGAACAGACCUCAGCUAAACUCAUCAGGAGUCAUCACACUGAUACAGAAAUUCCUGAACCUGACACAGAUAGCACAAACCAGACUGAAGCAAUAACAGAUACAACACUACCCCAGCCAGUCCUAUCUGUUCCUCCCCAGAGUACCUCCACUCCAAUCAAAGGCUCUGAUGUUCAGCCAGCUGCUGCAGUCAUCCCAGAGAGUGAUCCAGGGGACACCAGGGUGGGGCCAGACGAGGUCAUGAUACCAGGUCAAGUGGCUGCCAAUAUAUCAAUCUCGGUUGUCGGACAAAACGAAACGGACGAGAUCAAGAGGGUCAAAAAGGGAAGCGUGGGGGAUGGAAAUGAAGUUCUCUCUAAGGAUGAGAUUUUCCACCUAGUGAGUGAUGAGGAAGUGGCCCGAUCUCAGAGUUUCUCCUCCUCGGAAUUCCAGUACCAGGACCCAGACCCCAAUGUCACAACUGGCAUAACCAUAAAGGCAGAAGAGCUGGAGAAAGGGGAAGUGAACAACUCCAGUGAAUUCUGGGUAAAGGCUGGAAAAAGUCACGCCAUACCUGUAGUGAUUGACAAGCAGAAUACUGUUCUGUGCUGGGAAUUUAGAUCCCAUCCCAAGGAUGUGAUAUUUAGUGUAACCUACAUGGAGUUUGAGAGAGAGACCGGACCCUGCCAUCACUCACUGCCUGGUACCAGCUUGUAAGUGUGACUCACACAAACAGGCCGUCCGUGGAGAACUGACAGCCAAACAGACGGGGAUCUACACACUACUCUUUGAUAAUACCUAUUCCAGGAUAACUGCCAAAAGAAUAUGUUACUCUUUGUGGACAAGGCAUCUUGGAGAUUGAAACUACCCUUUAGUUUUGUUUCAAUUAUUUACAUUUACUUUAGUAUUUAUACACAGAGUUCUUGAUGCAAUAAAAACAAAU